AUGAUCAGCGAUGAUAAAACGUGUCAAACAAUCGAAGCAUCUGAGGAUGCAAUGCUUGAUGCCUCCAGUAAAGAUGGUGGAAAAGCUGUAGAAAGAGCAGAAGAAGCUGGAAGAAGAGAUGAAUCUCCUGAUAUACUGACUCUGGAAAGCCAACGUGAGAUCAUAUCUAAGAUUUUAAAAGAUCACUCUGAGCUAGCGCGAGAAGGCGACGAAAUGUGUAUUAUACCGCAAUUAUGGUACGAUAAAUUCCUGGAUGAAGAGAUCAGCGAUUCGACCGAGCUGGGACCUAUGGAUACAUCAUCCAUUUGUCGAGAUUAUAAGAACUUUAUCCUUGAGGACUAUGAGCGGCGUCCGUAUCUGUCAAUCCCAAGGUCUGCUUUUGAAAAAUUGGUUGAAUGGUACGGCUUGACAGCACGGUCGCAGCCAGUGACGACCGUCUUAGUUCAUGAUUCAGAAGCCGGCGGCCUGGUCACCGAAUACAAUAAAUGCAUUUUGAAAAUUCAUUAUUUGGUGUUAAGCAGUGAGGAACGGCGGUACGCUAACGAACAUCCGAUAUACAUCACGACUUCCCGGCUGUCGACAGUAGGAGACGUGUUGGAAGAGAUAUAUCAAGCGUUUUAUCGCAAGGAGUCUCAUCUAGGUGUAGAUAAUAAAACCAAAGUGUGGUACGUUAAAGAUUCAAGCACGGACAAUCGAGAUAGCGUUCUUUCGUUAACCUAUAAGUUGAAUCCGCUCCAGUUCAUGGAGCUGCCAGUGAAGACCCUGGUGACCUCUCAGCUCGAAAAGUACACAUUGAAGAAAUUGGAGAUCACAUCAGGCGAUUUCGUGGUAGAAGUUAAACAGAGGGGACAAAACUACCACUGGUUGUCGAACUAUUUUAUUUAUAACAAGCUUAAGCCUUCGGAAGGAACUAUUGGGUUAAGCAAUUUGGGUAAUAGCUGCUACAUGAACUCGGCAUUGCAAUGCCUUAUGCACAUCCCUGAAUUACGGGAUUAUUUUCUUUACAAUGGCUACGAGAGUGAAAUAAAUAUUGAAAACCCACUUGGCUACCAAGGGCACAUUGCUAAAGCAUUUUCCAUGCUUGUACAGGCGCUUUUUAUGGAUUCCAUUGUGCCGCGUAACACUGCAUUCUCUCCCACCUCUUUUAAAUCCACAAUAGGGCAUUUUAACAGUAUGUUCUUCGGCUAUAUGCAGCAGGAUUCACAAGAAUUCUUGGCCUUUAUACUGGACGGACUUCACGAAGAUUUGAACAGAAUCCGUGAUAAACCAUACCUCGAGAAGCCGUCGCUAACGCCGGAAAUGGAUGCCGAUGAUCCAAAAACUGUCAAAAAACUCGCUGACGAUACAUGGAAGAUGCACCUCCUACGGAAUGAUUCUAUAGUGACCGAUCUUUUCGUUGGGCUUUAUAAAUCCACACUUGAAUGCCCGCAAUGCGAAACAGUCUCUAUUACAUUCGACCCCUAUAACGAUCUCACUUUACCAUUGCCAGUCAAUGCAACAUGCUGCUUGAAUAUCAAGGUAUUUCCACAGAACUCUCCGCCAUGUAUUAUCAAAAUCGAGAUAAGCAAAACCGCUUCUUACCAACAGCUUAAAACAUAUGUUGGAGAAUACGCAAAGAUUGAGCCAAGCAACCUUUAUGGUUGUGAAAUAUUCAAUCACCAGUUCUGCAGCAACUACGAAUCUCCAGAAACAAUGUCACAUUUUCUUCCAGUACAAGAACUGAUAUCGGAUCCUGAGGACGUUAUAUUUUACGAGUUGGUAGCCUCCCCUACAGAUAUUAUAGUUCCGGUUCUAAACACAAGGAUAGAAGAAGGCUUUGAAACCGCCAGUUUGUUUGGAGUACCAUUUUUCAUUGUUCUUUCAUCCGACGAGGCUAAAAACCCGGGACUCAUUAGACUCAAGUUGGAGAAGUACUAUACAAACCUAAGUGGAGGCUUUGUAGAAUUUCCUCUAUCAACCAUGAACGAAGUGCCAUCAAUCGAGUCUCGUCCUCUGCUUCAACAAAAAUACAAUAGGGAUGAGUUGUGCGCUCAUGAAGAGAUAUUUAGAUAUUCUGCCACUGACACUGCGAAUCUCGAUGGCUAUUUCUCGAUUAAGGUGCUUCAAAGCAGCAAGUUGAAACCAUUCGCGAGAGUACCAUCAACUGAAAGCGAUUCGCAGUUUUAUAUUCCUACCUCUCGUUUGAACCUAAAGGAGGCAAGCAAUAUCAAUGAGCUCCUAGAUCCUAUUGUCAGAGACAUCUACGAUUACUCCAAUUUCGAGAAACGUUUCACGAGCUGUGGUGAAAGUGAAAACCACCUUGAGCAGACCAACAAUCAUUAUUCAAGUGAGGCUGCUUGCGAAGACCAAAUUGGUUCCGAUAUAGAAAUUGACAGCGUAGGCGCUGCAGAAGAUAUGGGUAAAUCCCGUGAAGGCGAAGAGGAUGAAAUGAACCGUAAGCCCGAUGCGGAAAUAAAUGCCAUUAUUCAGCCUCGAGAUAUCAUCUUGUGUGAGUGGACUACUUCAGGUAUUGAAGAAGCCUUUGCCCAAGACAAAGAUAUUGAUUGGGAACAUCCGGCAGAAUUGGUGAACAAGGAAAUUACCCGUGGAUCAACACAAGAAGGUAAGACGAAGAAAGAAAAUAUUACUUUGUAUGAUUGCUUAAAGCUUUUCUCGAAGAAAGAGGUGCUUUCAAUGGAUGAUUCAUGGUAUUGUCCAACAUGCAAGGAACAUAGACAAGCAAGCAAACAAAUUCAGCUGUGGAAUACUCCAGAUAUACUACUCAUACAUUUGAAAAGGUUUGAAAAUCAGAGGUCGUUCAGCGACAAGAUUGAUGACGUUGUUCACUUCCCAAUUGAAGGACUUGACAUGGGCGAAUAUAUUGUUGAAAGUGACUCCAAAGGUUCCAUAUAUGACUUGAUAGCAGUUGACAAUCAUUACGGUGGCAUUGGCGGUGGUCACUAUACGGCGUACGUUAAACAAAACGACAAGUGGUAUUACUUUGAUGAUUCUAGAGUCACUGAAACUGACCCCCAGCAUAGUAUUGCCGGUUCGGCCUAUCUUUUGUUCUAUUUGCGCCGUACAGGCAAUGGGAAGGUUGGAGGUGAAAAAUUGCAAGCAGUACUAAAUGAAUCUCGGAGGGAGCAUGAUCUUAAAAUGCAGAAGAUGCAAGAGCAGCAGUAUGCACUAUACGUUACCAACAAAACUGAUGAGGAAGAGGAAACAGACGAUGAAAGCAACGCGUCUGAUGAUUCAAAUGAUGAUCAUCUCAGUGAUGCCUGCUGCAAUGCACAGCCGAGUAUUAAUAACUCAGCUAGAGGUUUUGUGUCAAGGCCCAGUCAGCGCAGUAUAGCGAGCUUAGAAGUUGGUUCGGCGAAUAGAGAGCUCGCCGAAGGUCUAGAGAAUAAUCUUGGGAGACGCAAACUGCGCAAAACACAUACAGCACCCUCAACAAGCAACUCGCCAGCAUCAUCAGUUUCGUCGGAUGGUGCUGAAAGCAUUAGCGCUGUGCUCACGGGAUCUAAAAUUAAUGAUGGAGUCAUAGCUCAAUCACCGGCAAAAGAAUAA